GAUGCUGAGGUGAGCAGUCCCAUACAGAGAAACUUAUUUGGGUUUGGUGACUAACUUUAGUUUAUAGUAGUCUGCCUUAACUGGGUAUUAGGAAUAGAUUGUCUUGUUGGACAUAUUAAGCAUCAACAUAUCCCAGUGCAGAAAUAUGGGGUUUUUCACCCUUAAUAUUUUGGUGCCACUGGUAUUUUGCCUGGCACAAGGAAGUCCUCAACUCAGAAGAGCCAAUGACCGCCAAGGACAAUGUACAUAUACUUUCACAGUGCCCAGUCCUUCAGAAGGAAGCUGUACUGAACCUGGAGAAGCAAUGACAUCUAUUAGGGAGCUUCAACUUGAAAAUGCAGCCCGUACCCAAGAGACAGCUGGCUUACAAACCAGGGUCAGCUUGUUGGAGAAUAUGGUAAAUAAAUUCUUAGGAGGGAAAGACCUACAACAAGCCACUUCUUCACCUCAAUCAUGGUCAGAUAAUCAGAAGGAGAUGGAGACAUUAAGAAUGCAAAAGGAUGAAUGGGAAGGACAGAGGGUGAGUCUUGAGAUGGCCUACUCUGACCUCUUGAAGGAAAAGACAUCUUUGGAAGAAGACAAACAAAGACUAACAGAGAGACUAGAGAGAGUACAAGGACAAUGUCCACCUGUUACUGAGGUAUCAAGGAACAGGGACCAGCGGGUUUCACCAAGACAAGGACCGUCACCUGCUGAAAUCCAUGGAACUGGAGGUAGAACAUCCCCUGUAGCAGCAAGAGAUGGAACUGCAGACUUGUCUCGAUGGGGUGCAGAUGGUAUGGGCUACCAGGAGCUGAAAUCAGAGCUCACAGCACUUCCAGCUUCAAGAAUGAUCCCCGAAAACCGUUCAGCUGUUGAGAGUUUGCAGAAUAUUAAAAUGGGUGGAAGCUGUGGUGAAAUUACCUGGGUUGGAGAGCCCACUACUUACCGAAAGGCUGACAACAUUGCUGGAAAAUAUGGAGUCUGGAUGAGAGACCCAGAACCAGUUUCUCCAUUUAAUGAAGAAACCAUUUGGCGAAUCAAUACAGUGGGAGCAGAUAUACGCCAAGUGUUUGAGUAUGAAAACCUUGACCAGUUAGUAAAAGGUUAUCCAACCAAGGUCUAUGUAGUACCUCGCUCCAUGGAAAGCAAUGGUGCAGUAAUCUACAAAAGUUCCCUCUAUUAUGUACGACGAAAAUCUAGAAUAAUAGUCAAGUAUGAUUUCAAGACAGAGACCGUUGCAAUUCAGAAGGAGCUUUCAGAUGCCGGAUAUCAUGGACAGCACCCUUACUCUUGGGGAGGCUAUACAGAUAUUGAUCUGGCUGUAGAUGAAUUGGGGAUGUGGGCUAUCUAUAGCACAGAUAAAACUAAAGGAUCUAUAGUUAUAUCACAAUUAAAUCCCAAAACAUUAGAGGUGAAUCAGAGCUGGGAAACCACAAUUCGCAAACACUCAGUGGCUAAUGCAUUUAUGGCCUGUGGUACCCUGUACACAGUUGGAAGUUAUUCUUCUACCAACACCACAAUCAAUUUUGCUUAUGACACUCAUACUGGUGUUCAAAAGCAAAUCAGUGUCCCAUUUAAGAAUCAGUAUGGCUAUGGCAGUAUGGUGGACUACAACCCCAGAGAAAAGAAAAUUUAUGGAUGGGACAAUUAUAACAUGGUCUCCUAUGAUGUGAGGUUGUCUAAAAUGUGAGAAAAUAUGGAAGCAGAAAAGCACAAAUGGACAGGGCAGGGCGGGAUGGCUGCCUAACGGCAUGGGGUACACUAAAAGGGAGGGUUACGCUUUGCCAAACUUAGAAAGCCAAGAAAUAGAGGAACUACCUCUUCUGCACUGACUCCCCAUAUUAUCCAUGCUUUAGCCACUGGAAACAAUGUUCCCCUAUGCGGUGAGAUAACUCUGACAAACAAGGAUGCACAGGGGACAAAAGAUGCUUUGCGUAGUUUUGUGGCUUUCAGAGCUCCUAGUAGUAUGUAACCAUGUACGAUAUAAAGAAUGUCUGACUUUUAAAAUUCCACUGAUCAAAAAGACCAACAGAUA